CCCCCCCCCCUACUCUUGGCGGAUGAAUGAGUGGCCAGCAGAGGCUCCUCUGACAAGGAAGUGACAGUGUCCCGGCUCUAUCCGCCUCCAUCCUCCCGGCCUCAGUCAUGGAGCGUCCCGCCAUCGGCGCCCUCUUCUUCCUGCUCGCCCUGUCCGCCCUCUCCGGGGCUCAGGAACUCGUCAAUGAGGACGUGAAGCGCACGGUGGACAUCGGCAGCCAUCUGGCCAAAGUGACGGCCGAGGUGAAGCUGUCCAACCCGGGACCCGGAGCCGCUCACUCCUUCCUGGUGGCCCUGGAGCCCGAGCUGGCCCCGCACCUGGCCUUCCUGGGGGUGAAGGGAGAAGAGGAGGAGGAUGGUUACCUGGAACUGCAGGAGCUAAAAGGGAAAAGAGGAAAACAAUAUUCGGUCAGCCUUCCGUCAUCUCUGUCCCCUGGAGCCAAGACCAAGGUCGUCAUUGAGGCUGUUUAUUCACAUGUCCUGCAGCCUUACCCCACCCAGAUCACACAGGCUGAGAAGCAGUUUGUCACCUUUGAAGGAAACCAUUACUUCUACUCCCCGUACCCCACCACAUCCCAAACCACACGUGUUAAGUUGGCAUCAAGAAAUGUCGAGAGCUACACCAAGCUGGGGAACCCAUCCCGAUCUGAUGACACCAUCGAGUAUGGUCCAUUCAAGGACAUCCCUGCCUUGAGUCACGACCCCCUGAAGAUCCACUAUGAGAACAACAGCCCCUUCCUGACAAUUACCAGCAUGACCCGGCUUAUCGAAGUCUCUCACUGGGGUAACAUUGCAGUUGAGGAGACCGUUGACUUAAAGCACACAGGAGCCAAUCUGAAAGGUCCCUUCUCCAGAUACGACUACCAGAGGCAGCCAGACAGCGGCAUUUCAUCUGUCAAAUCCUUUAAGACCAUCCUGCCCGCUGCUGCCCAGGAUGUAUAUUACAGGGAUGAGAUCGGAAAUAUCUCCACCAGCCACCUCUUAAUUCUUGAGGACUCUGUGGAGAUGGAGAUCCGGCCCAGAUUCCCACUGUUCGGCGGCUGGAAAACACAUUACAUGGUUGGAUACAACCUGCCAAGUUAUGAAUACCUCUACAACCUUGGUGAUCAGUAUGCUCUGAAGAUGCGUUUCAUUGACCACGUGUUCGAUGAGCAGCUUUUGGACUCGCUGACCGUUAAAAUCAUCUUGCCUGAAGGCGCAAAAAACAUCCAGGUGGACUACCCAUACGAUGUAAACAAAGCCCCCAACGAGCUGCACUACACGUAUCUUGACACGUUUGGUCGUCCAGUUAUUGUGGCUUACAAGAACAAUCUGGUUGAGCAGCACAUCCAGGAUGUAGUGAUCCAUUACAACUUCAACAAGAUCCUGAUGCUCCAGGAGCCUCUGCUGGUGGUUGGAGCCUUCUACAUCCUCUUCUUUACAGUCAUCCUCUACGUCAGGCUGGACUUCUCCAUCACAAAGGAUCCUGCAGUAGAAGCAAAGAUGAAAGUGGCUUGUAUUACAGAGCAGAUCCUCACCCUGGUGAACAAGAGGCUCGGCCUGUACCGUCACUUUGAUGAAGCCGUGAAUAAAUAUAAACAGUUCAGAGAUAUUUCGAAUUUGAACAGUGGCAAGAAAACUUUAGAGAUGGAUCAUAAGAACCUGACCAAUGAAAUUGCAUCUCUGCAAGCCAAGCUGAAAACGGAAGGGUCAGACCUAUGUGAUAAGGUUGCAGAGAUUCAGAAGCUCGACAGUCAAGUAAAGGAGAUCGUGCUGAAAUCUUCUUCAGAAGCCGAACGUCUGGUCGCCGGCAAGCUGAAAAAGGACAACUACAUAGAGAGCGAGAAGCAGCACGCCAACAAGCGCCAGGAGCUGGUCAACAAAGUCGACAACAUUUUAGAUGCAUUGUAAUGGCCGAGAUAUAUUUCAUUAAAGCAGGUCUGGACAAACCUCGGAGCCAAAAAAAUCAAUCGGUGCCUGACAUCCCCUCUGACUGUGAGCUCUGCGGGCCUCACUAGGUGCUCCUCGGGCUUGGAGGUCAUCACUAGAGCUUGCUGGCUCUUUAGAUUCUAAUGACCCCUGAAUUGCAGAGCUUUGUCCUUUCCUGCAUUAAAAAAAAAAAAGUAAAACUGCUUGUGAGAUUAAGGCACGAUGAUGUGCAAUACUCAAUCCGAAUCAACACCAUGCUCUCUUUAUACAGAGCUCUUAUUUUUCUUUUGCAAUUUCCUUAUCCCCUGAUGAUUUUUUUUUUUUUUUUUAUUAUUUUUUUUACUUUUGCUGAAAGGCAAUUUGCUGCCAUCUUUAUUAAAACCACUGUCUGUCCCACAGUACACCCAACAGAGAGGCUGAAGAAUGCCCCUGGCUUCCAUGAGAAGUCAGCUGCUGAUUGGCUAAUAGAAGCUAAAUUUAUCUGUUACUUCCUUCCAUAACAAUUUGGCUGUGAAUGACAUGAAGUGCGUGCCUAAAAUACCCGCAGGGGGAUGCGAUAAUUCUUAGGGGGAGGGAUAAUGGGGAUCUUGAGAAUAGACUUUUUUUUCAAUUAUCUGACCAAUUUCUAAAGGUUAGAAUUCUAAUGCUGAUAAUUCGGCACAAACAUAUUCCACAUUCUGUUAGCACAUAACGUUUUGUGUGUAAUUAAAAAAAAAAAAAAAUGGUGGUGCCACUCAGUUACAAGGAGAGAAUUUUUUGUUUUUUUACAUAAAUAGCCAGCAGGGGGCACCAUUUAAAAAAAAAAAAGUAUGCCUGUUGGUAAACUGUUAAAGAUCCUAAUGUUGAGGUCUUUUGUUUGUGUGACCAAAAGGAAAUAAAGAAGGGAUUGUGGAUGACA